GGUGACAAUACGCAGAGUUCUUUGAUAUCACUUACUGGAGAAGAAACUCAACCUCAAAACACGUUUUUUUUGUUGCUUAAAUAGGACAAUGAGUGUAUCUGUCACUCGCACAAUUUCGAAGAAAAAUUACGGCAACAAAGUUGUUACGCGGCAGCGGGAGUAUGACCACUUGUACGAUCCAGUUUACACAGUGUCAUCGGAGGUAGACCAUGCCAGAUCUUAUCUGAAGGCCUAUGCGUCUAAGGACCGAGUCAGAAGAGUGCCUGAGUAUGAGUCCAUGUUCAGUAACCUGUCCCACCACCCUCGGUUUACUGUUCACCUGGACCCUGCAGACCCGGUACCGACCUCUAUUGAUCGCUGCUGGCGGGGCCACACUGAUCAGCGUAAAGAGGCUCUGCAGCAGCUGGCUGGGAUUAUUCCAACUGCCGAGUGCCUUGUGACCGGAGUUGAUAGCUGGAAAUACUUUAAACGCCCGCUGAUUCCUUUUGCACAGCAUGCUCCCCCGGAUGUUAUUUUUGCGUUGCCUAAAGAACAGUUUGCAUCUUCUGGUGGAAAGAAUACUGAGCAACAGCCUACACACGUCACUGUGGGGGUCCAGACCGACUACAGGGAAAGUGAAACCCAGACGGACCCGUACAGCUCUGAGUAUGUGGUACAACCUGGGCCAUCUCCCUCAGAGCUCCUUCGUCUGGCAGCUUUGACUUGGGGUUGUGGUCUGCCUGCAGGCCUGGCAGAAGUGGAAAUGAUAGAGCGUGCACGGGCAAAAAGAGCUUGGGAGGCCACUCUUCCUCCAUUGAAUGACAUCAGUCAGCUGGACAAAAGGAGAAGAAUGAUGGAAGAGAUGGAGGUCAAAGAGUGGGCUUUCAGAGGAGAAAUCGAGAAGUUGCAGGAGACACGUCUUUCUGUCCUGAAGGACCUCCUGAGACAAAGAGAUGAGGCCCAGAAAGAAGUCACAAAUGACAGACUGAACCAGAUAUAUUCUAAGAAACAAAAAGACAAAGAGUCUAAGCUGCACAAGAUUCAAAAUGACUACAUCAGGGAAUUGAGAAAACUGGACGCUAAGGGGCGAAAUAUGGAGAGGAAGGUAGAGCGUCUUGGUGUUAUGAAAGAACUGAAAGAUUCUCAGGCAUAUGCCCCAAAGAGCCGCAGUGAUAAGUUCCCCAACAGGAACAACCGAAGCCAGGAGUUAAAAAGCCACUACUUAGAUACAUAUGAAGGUUUGGUGGAGCUAGAGGCAGGAAUCUCGGCCUCUGUCCUUAAGACAUGGGGGAAAAAAACAAAACCCAAAGUCCACAUCCUCAAGAGUAUGAUCAAGCCCCCAGUGUGCAGAGAGGUUGACCUGAUGAUAAAAUACAAGGCUCUCAAAGAGGAGCGUGAGAAAGAGGAGCAGAUGCAAAAGAAAUCUUCACGUUUUCUUCUCAAGAGGGAGAAGCCUGUUGCUCGUCCUGUCACUCCCAGAGUGGAGGAGCCACCAGAGGGAGAUGAGGAGCGAGAGGUUGCGGUCAUCCACUUGCAAAAACUUCUAAGAGGAAGAAGUAUCCAAUAUGAGAUGUUUGAAGGCAAGGAGAAUCAUCUGGACCUCAUCCAUGAACUGAGGACCGUCCAUUCACUCCAGAGGGAGGAGCAAGAGCUACAGAAAGCUGACAAAGGGCUUGUAAUGAGCCUUAAAACACAGAGAAACAAACAUACCCAUGAGAGCUCUCAAGAGGAGGCGUCCCAGGCCAGAGUGGUAGGUGCAGAGCUUGAACAUAUAUUCGACACCUUGUCCAAGGAGCUGAUUCAUCUCCAGGAGGAGCGCAGGAUACAUGCAUUCACACUCCUGGCUGAGAGAGACCGUCGCAUGCGAGAGGCUGAGGAGAGUGGAAGGAGACAGGUGGAGGAGCGCAGACGCAGAGAAGAAGAUGAGAUUUUCAGACAAGUGGUUCAGGUACACCAGGAAACUGUGGAUUUAUAUUUGGAGGACAUCAUCCUACGGACCUUGGAGCAGUCAGCUGAUGAGCAGGCCAGGGAGGAGAUCCGAACGACAGCAAAGGAGGUCAACGACAUCGCUUAUGCCAUGGAGGAUAGCCAGAACAAUCUUCAGUCGGAGGAGAUUGUAUCAGAGUUGGUGUACAGUUUCCUUAUCCCAGAGGUGGAGAAGAUCACCGUCAGACAAAGAGUGCACCAAAGGCAGCAUAGACACUUGCAGGCGACUCGGAGCAUCAUUCAGGGGACUGUAGAGCAUUCUGGGAUCCUUCCUCUUACUUUGGGGGCUUCUCAGUACACUUGUCCCUCUGAAAGAGCGUCCAACCGAGUCCUCGAGGAGAUGCUCGGGCAAGCAGAGCAGGAGAAGGGGAAGGAGACAGAGUAGCACCACAUUAAAACUGAGUAAAGAUGACUAAGCAUACAAAGUGUACUGAGAUGCAGUCUUAUGUCUAAAUGUGUUGUUGAUUCAUAUUAUUAAAGAUUAAAAUUA